CAGAAGUAGAGGAGUUGAUACCCGCGAAUGGACAGAUCAUGAAAGUCAGCAAAUUUCUCCACAUCUGAAAGACCACCCGGACAAGUGACGAAUAUCUGUCACAUAUUCGAUACCAGAACCUUAUAUAAUGGACGUAUAUUGCUGCAGACGCUUUCGCUGUUUUGAUCCGAUUCAAAUUGACAGGGAUGAACAACUUGCUAGCCUUCGUUAAUGAUGUGCCCCGAGCUCGAGACGUUAGCAAACUAGAUUCAAAUUAAAUGUGUUGUCAUUACUUGAGAAAAAAAAUCUGUCGAUUUGAGAACAAAAUAUGUGGGGAUUACUGCCGACUACGGUCUAUUGACGAAAUCUGACUGAGUUGUGAAAGCCUAAAUGCUAACUAGCUAGCACACCAGCAUUCCGAAACCAGCGUUAGCCAGCCAGCCAGCCAGCCAGCCAGCCAGCUAGCCAGCCAGCUAGCCAGCCAGCCAGCCAGCCAGCCAGCCAGCCAGCCAGCCAGCCAGCCAGCCAGCCAGCCAGCCAGCCAGGGACGGUUCUGUGCAGGUUGCUAUGGAAGAGGUGGCGCUAGAACCACCGACGGACGCGCUCUGUGAAUGUAAUGGAGGUAGAACCACCAACUCCGAAGAUCCCAGACCUAAAAGCCGACAUCAUCAACCCGAAUUCGGGCCGAACCCGAGUAACUUUUCUCGGCUGUGCAGCAGGGACGAUGCGGAGAGGGCAGAGGCGCUGGAAGAACUGACCCAGAGCGUCAUGUCCCGGUUGGGUCUGGACCGACCCGGUUCUGCUCGUCUCGAUAAACACACUCUCCUGCAGCUGCUGCGGGUCUCCCGGUCCUGCCCCUUACAGGAGGUCCGCGAGAGGGCAGCGGAACUACUGCGGACUGCACAGGAGCAAGGUGUUGAGAUUCCUCAGGCUUUGGCCUCCGGUCCUAGUGCCUUCAUCCCUGCACAAGUGAUUUUGGAUGAGGGACCAGAUCAGGAAGUUCUGAUAGAAGCCUUCCUCUCAUUGGGUCGUUUUGACCACAUCACCAUGGUGAUGGCCCUUCACCCCACCUACCUCAGCUGCUUCCUGCGUACCCAGCAUGCUUUGCUGGAGCUGGAUGGCCCACUACCCCGCCCCUGGAGGCACUACAUCGUUGUCAUGGCUGCAGCUCGUCACCAGUGUUCCUACCUUGUCCAACAGCAUAGUGCAGGGUUCCUGGAGGCGGGCGGGGAGGAGAGCUGGCUGGAGGGGCUACAACACACACACCCCAAAAUACGCUGCCUACACACACUUAACAAGCUGCUGGCACACAGACCCUGGCUCAUCACACAACAGCACAUACAGGAGUUGGUGUGUCCUGGGGCGGAUGAUCGUUGGUCAUUGGCUGAGCUGAUCCACGCAGUUGUUCUGAUGACUCACUCUCAUUCGCUGUCCUCCUUCGUUUGGGGGUGUGGCCUACACCCUGAGCCCGACCACAUAGGAGGCCACGCCUUCUGCACACCAUCACCAUCCAAUAACAUGCCACAAAGCCCUCACAGUCCCGCCCCCGAGGACGGCAAGCCAGAGGAUGGAGUGACGGAGGUGGAGGCAUUGAUGAAGAGGAUGGUGGAGUUACAACAGCAGGUGGAGGAGUGUAGUCAGGAAGAGAUGAUCACUCGCUUUGAGAGGGAGAGGAGCGAGAGCAUACCUACUGCAGUGGUACGGGGAGCCCCCUCUGACUUGGUGUUGAGGUUAGUGGAGGAUCCAGAGUUCAUCUAUGAAGACUUCUCCAUCCGAGGAGAACAGUCACCUCCUACCAUGAGAGCACAGGACUACUCAUGGGAAGACCAUGGAUUCUCCCUAGUGAACAGACUGUUACCAGACAUGGGCCAAUUACUGGAGGAGAAGUUCCAGGUUGUGUGUAGUCUAACCUACAACAGGAUGGCGAUGCAUAAGGAUGUGGACACACACACACUCCGCAAGGCUCUCUGGAACUACAUACACUGCCUCUACGGAAUACGGUACGAUGACUACGACUACGGAGAGGUGAAUGUGUUGUUGGAGCGAGGCCUCAAGAUGUUUGUGAAAACAGUAGCGUGUCAUCCAGAACAGACUACAGAUAGGAUCUACUCUGCCUACUGGAGACUCUUCAGACACUCUGAGAAGGUCCAUGUCAACCUGCUGCUGAUGGAGGCUCGACUACAGGCUGCUCUACUAUACACACUACGGGCUGUCACACGCUACAUGACAUGACUACAGGCUGUCACACGCUACAUGACAUGACUACAGGCUGCUCUACUAUACACACUACGGGCUGUCACACGCUACAUGACAUGACUACAGGCUGCUCUACUAUACACACUACGGGCUGUCACACGCUACAUGACAUGACUACAGGCUGCUCUACUAUACACACUACGGGCUGUCACACGCUACAUGACAUGACUACAGGCUGCUCUACUAUUCACACUACGGGCUGUCACACGCUACAUGACAUGACUACAAGCUGCUCUACUAUACACACUACGGGCUGUCACACGCUACAUGACAUGACUACAGGCUGCUCUACUAUUCACACUACGGGCUGUCACACGCUACAUGACAUGACUACAGGCUGCUCUACUAUACACACUACGGGCUGUCACACGCUACAUGACAUGACUACAGGCUGCUCUACUAUACACACUACGGGCUGUCACACGCUACAUGACAUGACUACAA